CUUUCGCAGUGGAAAUUAGCCGUUUGAUUAUGACUCAUCACAUCAGGUCCGUCACUCUUUUGCCGGUGGUCCCACCUCUCUUGUUAACCAACUUGAUUAUCCACUUCCCCUUCCACCACUCCCCCAACAUGCAAUUUACCCGAAUUGACUUCUUUAAUUUAACCCUAAAUUACAGCAAAUUACUUUUCUUUUUUAAACAGUUUCACUGAUUUUGCUUGUUCUAGCAAAAACCCAUCUGAAAUUUUGCAUUUGAAUCGGAUUGCUACCUGGGUUCCACUAAAUUCUGAAAAAGAUUUUGCUUUGGAAGUGGGUUGUAGAACGGUGGUUCUUCUAAAUUUUGCAAAUUUUCUUCCAAUUGGUGAAGGAUGGCAGAGAGUAGUGUGAAUGGAAUCCAAAGGGAGAGAGAGAAGGAGGGGAUGGAAGUAUAUGGGGUGUUGUGGGCGGUGGUGUGCUGUGUAAAUGUGAUUCGUGGAAAGCAAUCUUUUUCAUCUGCUGCUCCGUGAAGGGAUUGGUGGAAGCUGGUUUAUUUUUUGAUUUCAUCAGAAACAGAUGCCGCAGUGUCAUAUUUUGCAUUUGCAUGUUUAUCCACACAUGACAGGUCUGUUCCUCUUCCCUUUCUCUUUCAUGCAAUUUCAUUAAAUAAAUAUUUAUAUUUAUGAUUCUAUUUUAUCCUGAUUAUUUCUGUCUGUUCAGAUGCAAGUUAGCUAGGGGUUAUGCAUGUUCACAUGUUUGCUUCUGUUGGAUUUAAACUCCUUUUGUUGAUUUGGAGAUUAGGGUUUUGUUGAGAGUAGUAUAAUUUCAUCAAUGAAACACUUGUCUCAUGUGAUUUGCAUGCCUCUUAACAAUAAAGUUAAUAGCUUUCAUAUUAUGACCAAGAAAUUUUUAUAGUAGCUUGCAGUUGGUCAUAAAUGUUUUUAAACUAGCAUUAGAUAGGGAAUUAUGUGGAAUUGUUCAUUUAGUUUGUAGCAGCAUCGUAAAUGGGAAAGCAGUGUUUGAAAGGAAAGAAAAGAUGAAGUGGUUUUUAGGCUGCCAUUAUCCUUGAGGAGAUAUGUUGAUGAGGGUAAGCACUUGACUUGAGAAUGAUUUUGAUUCAGUGAAUUGGAAUUUUGUGUAGUCAGAUGCUCUGUUAUCUUGUAUCAUUGACAUACAUAAUAAUUCAUAUCGUGUAGCUGGAUAUUUAUAAAAUCAUUAAAAAACA